GGGACCCUCGCAAGUGUGGGUACCACCAUUCGGGCAGUGGCCCUGGCCUAUGUACAAUACUUUUGUGCCAUGGGGAAGUCCGGCUCCGCCCCGCCUGGUGGUACCGUACGUUGGGCCCCAAGCGAGUAUGCCGCCUCCAAGCUACCCCGCCGCUCAGGCCCAGCCCAUGGCGCCACCCCCAGCGCCCGCACCAAGCUCACAAGGUAGCGUUGCAGGUGGGGGUAAUCAAGGCCAGGGAAGUCAGGGGAAUGGAGGGAGAGGCGGUGGUCCGGUGGAAGAGGACGCGGCAGAAAUGGUGGUGGUCGAGGAGGUCAAUGGGAUAACCAAGGUUACCAGGGCCAGGGAAAUCAAGGUAGGCUCGUUGAACCCGACUGAGAAUGAGGAUGUGGUGCCAGAGAGUCAGGAUGACGAGUUUGAGGAGGGAGAGAUCAAAGAGGCAUUCCGUAUAGAGGAGUAUGAUGGAAUCUACCUGGAACUGGGGCUUCUCCAAUCGUGCGAAAUGCGGAACAGAGAUGCAAGCGAUAGGGCCCAAAGGAUGAUGCAACGCUAUUUGGUAAGGGAUGGUCAUCUUUUCGUGAAGAGGCAAGUGAGAAAUCCUAGGAGGGUCGUAUGCGGCAGGAACCGUCAGAUUGACAUUAUAGUUGCACUUCAUGAUGACAUUGUGAGAGGACAUCGAGGAGUUCAUGACACGUAUGCCAAGAUAAGUGAGCUAUAUUAUUCGGAUGAGAUGAUGGAGAUGGUUGAUCAUAUGGGCUGGGCUAUGACCCAAUUGAUCGAGAGGCUGAGAGGAGCCGGCAGGUUCGCGGAGCCCAUUGCACAGAUUCGUAGGGAGGCAAGGACGAGGCCAGAGGUGAAGCCGAGGAUGCAGGAGUUACGACCAUCACCUGUGGGGCCUGACGGGAGACCGAUCCGCCUGGAGAUCAGGAAUGCAGAGGAGUUCAUUCCCGCCUUUGAGCAGUUCAUGCAUGGUCAGGACCAGCCAUCAGGCCCACCACCACCCAAGCCAUACGGAAUCAAGGAGAUGUGGGAUGAGUUCCUAGACCAACAUGGCGAGGGAUUGACGGCUCCAGAAAAGGCGGAAGUUGGGACCUCGAAGAAAGCAGAUGAGUACUUGGACCGAAAGAUCCGCUUCCUGUCCAAGACAUCCUUUGACAGGUAUAUGAUGUUGGAAGCUGAUCUGAGAGGAAAGAAGAUGAAGGAGAUGAGUCAUGGAAUACGUUUGGAGGCAGUUGAGGCUGAGGUCCGAGAACUUUGGGCUUUGGUGGCUAGUCAGGCUGCCAUUAUCCAGGACUUGAGGCAACAACCUCGAGGUGGAGUGGAUAGGGCAGAGAGCAGCCAACAGGGAGAGCAGAGACAGGCAGGGCAUGGCUUAUCAGGACAGCCAUCCGCAGCUGAGCCUCAACAGGGAUCGUCCAUGGGAAGAGCCAUCUUGGAGCCUGAGGAGGCGAAGGCCAAGAGGGAGGCGGAGAGAGAGGCCUUCGAGUUCAGAGCCCCUAUUGAACUCGCCACACUGCCUAUAGAAGCAGCGGAACCCACCAUGCCACUAUCAGUUGAGGAGGGGCUGCCAUCAGCCAGUAGUGAACCAGUCCAGGGCUCAGCAGAAGGGUCUAUGGAUGUGCUUCUCGAAGUGGUCCACACUAUGAUGCAGGAGGAGGCAAACUUAUUUUCACCUGAGCAGAGGAUAGAGGAGCCUCCUGAGAGUGAGAUGGGGGUUGCGAUAGAGAGCAUCAUCGAGGGAAGACCCCAAAGGUUGGAUACGCCUGAGUAUAGGCCAAAGGAGGUUGGGAUACGACCAGGGCCUUGUACUCAGGAGUUGGGGACAGGACCUGAAGAGCCUACGGACGUGCCUCAAAGUUACGGGUUGGGCAGAGAGGCAUGCGAGGCACCAUCAUCACCAGGGUCUCAGAGGGAGAAGAAGAAGUUCAAGAAGUGGUUUGACGCAUCCUACUUCUUUUGCAAAAAGGAAGGUCAUCGAGCCUUGCAGUGUCCUAAGUUCUUAAAGGACCUGGCUGAAGGGAAAGUUACGAGGAGUGGAGGAAAGAUGUAUGAUAGGCAAGGUAGGGUAGUAGAGCGAUCUGCCGAUGGAGGUAGGGCUCAGCUGUACAGGCAAAACCAGGAGGAGAUGAGUGAGUAGGGACUGGGUUGCCUACAAGCCAGUAGAGUUAGA